AUGAUUGGACGAGUGGAGAAUACGUGUGCUGUAACAAGCACAGGGUCUACUGCUGCUGUAUCGCCGAACGGGUCUGAUUCUUUGGAGUGGAUACUAGAUUCAGCUGCAAUUACGCACACGUGUGCUGACCGCGAGCUUAUGUUGCGUUUUCCGCACUAUGUGGAGACCAACACACCACAUGAGUCCUGGACCGGUGAAAUCACUAGGGAGCAUUUGGUAUCAGAGUUGGAGAUAUCCUUUGUAUCCCCAGAGGAUUCCCAUGGGAGCGGUGGCGGUGAGCUACGGUACACCCUAACAGGGGUUCGCAAUGUCCCCGGCUGUCACGUGAAUUUGCUGAGUGUAAAUGCUUUGGAGGAGGAAGGCUGGCGUUGCGAGUCCAGGUAUCCUGAGAAUGGCCCCCCUCAGCGUCUGAUGUGGAAAGGUUCAACAGCAAUUUUGUUCGAGAAAAGUCAUGGGUAUUAUCGUACUCGAAGUAUCCAUGCACCUGCUCGCGUCAUUGCGUCUGCUAGGGCUGCUGAUAAUUCGCUGUUUCAGUGGCACCUUCGAAUAGUCUGGUCGAGAAGAUGA